AAAUGUGCAUUUUGAUGUCUGAGCCGGGGCGGUGAUGACGUCGAGGUCUGUUGAUUGUGACCAAUGCGUGUGGCGCCAUCACCAAACACGCCCCACUUGUCUCCCCCCUUCCUCUCUUUCGCGAGAAUGCUAUCAAUUGCUAUUUUUCUCAAUUAUUCAUUCACCUCAAUUUCAAUAACAAAGCUUGUACAACAAUGUCUCGUAACAGACAGCGCACGGUAGGACGGUCGCUUUCGCACGGCCCAGGCAGCCGCACCGGCUCUGAAGCAAGCAACGAGAACGAAGCCUCCGGGCAGCUACUGCCCAUCAACCAAAACACACAGCUGGUGCCGUACUCGGAAUGGCGCGUUAUCUUAUACAACCGGACGUCUGGCCAGGUGGUGCUCUAUAACCGCGAGAGCGAGGAGGUCGAGGUAAAGCCGGUGGUUAACCAAGGCCUGGUGUUCCCGUACGGUGAUCCAGUUCAGCAGCCGUUGACGCUUCCUGUUAGCCAGGAAAUGGCUAUUGCCAGCAGACCUCGAAAUAGAACGCUUGACCCGCAUGCCUCACCGCAUGUUUGCCCGAUGUGUUUCCGGCCGAUAGCGCAAGGAAGCAGCCGUCUACUUGGGCCACAUAUCGAUGAGCACAUUGAGGAUGCGGGAGGGGCAUCAAAUGCCACUGUCGAUCGUGACUACUUCCAGCUCUUGGAUCGGUCUCUCAGGCUGCAGAAGUCUCGGUACGUGCUGGCAGACCGGAGCGACACUCGUUCCAGCACGCCACGACCACCAGACAGCGUUGACGACAAUAUCGACCCUGGCCGUAUGGAUGUGAGCGACGUCGGCUCUCCUCUGGCUGCUAUGGAUGGUGAGGCUAGUGAUGCAACGCCAAUAGUGCCUUCAUCAGCCACAAUGGAUGGCGACAGUGAUAAUGAUGAUGGGCCUAGUGUCUCGGCCAACUCGUUCAACCAGGGAUAUUAUGAUCGAUUCUUUUCGGAGCAGAAAAAGCUAGGCAAAGGGCUGCGUGGCUCAGUAUUUUCGUGCCAGCAUAUCCUCGACAACGUGUAUCUUGGACACUAUGCUGUCAAAAAGGUACCUGUGGGCAACAACCACAAGUGGCUGCAGCGCAUGCUGCGAGAAGUGAAACUCCUCGAGAGUCUGCGGCAUCCGAAUGUGGUCGAGUACAAGCACUCGUGGCUCGAGAUGCACCAACUGACCAGCUUCGGCCCCAAGGUUCCAUGUCUGUUCAUCCUGAUGGAGUACGCGAAUGGCGGCAAUCUGCAAGAGUACAUGGAGCCGAAGCAGCCAGGACAUGAUACAGGAGACCCAUCGGCGUCACUGAGAAAGCAGCUUCUCGACAUGCGUCGCAAGCGGCGUCUUAGCCGUGUCAAGACCAUGCCAGAGCAGCCGACUGAGGAUUCGCUGAAUGCCGAUGGUGGACCGCACAUGCUAUCGAUCGAGCAGAUCUGGUCGUUCUUUGCCGACAUUUGCAAUGGACUUGCGCACCUGCAUCAGCUGCAAAUCAUCCACCGCGACCUGAAGCACAUGAAUCUUUUGCUUCACUGGAGCGACCCGGCAAACAAGGGUGCUACCGGCGAGAUGCCCCGUAUUAUGCUGACUGAUUUCGGCGAGUGCGAGGUCCUGUCGCACAUCGAGAAACGCAAUCGCACCGGUGCUACAGGCACGCUCGAAUUUAUGGCGCCAGAGCUGCUCGAAGUUGACGCGACUGGACGGUACCUGGACAGCUACUCGACCAAAUCGGAUAUGUGGUCGUUGGGUAUGGUGCUAUAUUAUCUGUGCUACACGCAGCUGCCGUUCUCGAACAUUGAGGAUUUGGAUAUUCUGCGCCGAGAUGUGCUGGCUUUGCGACAUGUAGAUUUUUCGCAGAUCCGUCGCCAGCACAAUGUGCCUGAGAUUCCCUCAGAACUGCGUGUACUGAUGCAGUCCCUGCUCAACCACGACGAGAACAAGCGGCCGGAUGUCACCGACAUCCAGCAGAAAGUUAACGAGCGCAGAAACUUUUGGUGCAGCCGCAAGCAGGAUGAGCCCAGAUUCGAAAUCCACGAGUCCGAACCAGCAAGCAGCCGGGGUGACACACCAGGGUUUGCUACUCCCCGGCGCUACAGCGAGGCAGAUACGCGCCGAGGGGCAGAGUACGUUGACGCACCAUACGCGCAGUUCGAGUCAUCGUCGUCAGUAACAGCACCCAGGCGCCAACCUGCCGUCAACAGAUCGCCCAAGCCAUCAAACACUGGCUUGGAGUUAGUCAAGGCGUCAAAUGGCGGGUACCUUGUCGUUCCAUCAGGUGUAUCCACCCCACGAGAAGGUGUGCGGAGACGGCAUAGUGUCGGUGUUCAGGAGCAUUCGCGAGAGCUCACUCGGGCAUUGUCGGGUCUGCAGAUUCAGACAAGGCAAGAAGCAUCAGCAGAGGCAAAAGAUACUGCAGCCUGUACUGCUCCGGCACCUGGAAGCAAGCGGCCAUUGGAAAAGCACAGCAGCGAUGCUGAGGGUGGUGCUCCCACUAAGCGGCGCCGUGCCGAGCAAAGCUGGUCGGAUGUGGUGUUUGGUGUCAAGACCGCUGUCAUGUUGCUCAAGGUGUACGUCUUGCAUGUGGUGGCUUCUGCUGACAAUGCUGCUGCGCGAACCGACGUGCCGUACAUCGUGGCCCUCACCCUGGUAAUUUCGGCAUUCGACAUUCGCUCCGAGUCGCUGCAGCUGUCGCUUGUUCUGCUGGCCGCCAACAUCGGGCUGGCAUACUUUUGGAUGCAGCUGCAUUUCUGAGAGCGAGAGUGCAAGGUACUUCAUAUGUUGUCCUUCAUAGAGAG